UACGACUUGACGAAAAUCAAAUCAAAAGAUCGACAACAUUCGACGAGUGCAGAUCAGCAGCUAAAAAGCAAAAAAGAAAAACAUCUCAAAAUAUCUGAGAAAAUCCAGUUAACCAAACUCGCAGUUUUUCACGUAAAGAUUUUCCGUGCGGUCACCUAAAGAACUUAAAUUGACAAUCUCUCUCAGUUUAUUAAUAAACAAUAAAUGUUUUUAAGUGUCAGUGACUCUUGAACACACGAAAAGUAUAAAAAACCCAAACCAAACACACACAGCCAAACGUGACUGUAUAAUCAGCCAAGAAAACCAACAACAACAACGAUUGGUGGUGAUAAUAAAAGAACUUACAACAACAGCGACGAGAACCAGUAUAAAGUUCAAUAUCGCGUUGAUUCAAAUUAAACAAAGGAGAUUCGACAGCACCAGAAACAGCAGCAACAAAAAGCCAACUCGGUUUUGUCAUUAAAGUAUUUUUGGUUAAUACACGACAUUCGAAAUGGCAGCCUACUUGGACCCCACUGGCCAGUACUGAAGAAGCUAUAGGAAACGUCAAAGAUAUUUCUUAAAAAUCUAUAAAUUAUAUCUUAAUAAAUCAAAGAUCUUAAACAUGGCCGCCUAUCUGGAUCCCACUGGUCAGUACUGAAGAAGAAGCAAGAAUCAGAAGUAUAUACUCUUUGAGAAACAAUCUGAAAGUUAGCAAAAAUCAAACUCAAAAUGUCUCUGGAUUUGGACCCCACUGGCACCUACUAAGGUUCACAUCUUAAGAACCCAUUUUAGCCAAGCAAAAAGGGCUAAAAUAUCACAAAAGCUAAAUAAUAACUCUUACAAACGAAAACCCAAAAAACACUAACCUACAAAAUGCUGGAUCCCACUGGAACGUAUAGGCGACCUCGGGACUCGCAGGAAACCCGCCAAAAAAGGCGACAGGACUGCCUGGACCCAACUGGGCAGUACUGAGGCAUCCCUGACUGCAAGAUCCCCAUCAGAUAGCCCUUGCCUUAUCCAAACAAACACAAAUUCUGGGCAUGAUUGGGGGAGCGCGCUGGUUGCGCGUUCGUGGCCGCGAGGAGAC